AUGGAGAAAGAGAAAGAAGAUGCAUCCUGCAUAACAGUUCAUAUCACCAAUCCAUCAAUCCAGGACAACAUAUCAAGACCACUAUAUCCAACUUUUUCAAAUUACAUGCCAAGUUACUACGGUCCAAUGUCUCAUGCGUGGUUACCACCCUUUGUGCCUCCUCCAAAUGCCAACCCAUAUCCAUGGAGCAACCAGCAACACCCAUGGAGCUCUACUGCCGCUGCAACGUCAAGUACUACUGCCCUAAGUAGUUCUGCUGCCUUGUAUAGUUCUGCCAUGCUAAUGAUGGGACCUCCUCCAAAUGCGUACCCAUAUCCAUGGAACAAUCAGCAACACCCAUGGAUCUCUACUUCCACUCCCAUGUCUAGUUCUGCAAGUAGUGUCAGCUCUAGUGUAGCUGCGAGUUCUAGUGUACAGAGCAGUGCUAGUGUCGCUUCUAGCUCUUGUUCAGCUUUACCAGCAUUUGUUCCUCCAACUUCUACCAACCCAUAUCCAUGUGACAGUGAGGAAAAUAAAGUGCAGCAAAGUAACUCUAUUGAAGAAAUUAGUGAGGCCACAUCAGACUCAAUAGAAGUUGAAGCGCAAUCUACUGCCUCUUUGGGUAAUACGGCUGAUACCAAAGAGGCUAGCACUGAUGGGGGUGAUACCACUGAGGAGCCAAAGCCAGGGAUGACUUUUGAGUCGGAGAAUGAGAGUAAAAGGGAGAAAGAUGGGACUGUGAAAUAUGUCACUGUGGGAUGUGCUCGGGGUGGCAAGGCACGAAAUAGGGUGUCAAACGUCUCCAAGCCUCGGCCAACAAGCAAGACAGACUGCAAGGCAAGGAUGAAUGUCAUGUUAAAGGAUGGGAAGCUGUGUGUCACAUCCGUAUUUAACACACACAAUCAUGGGCUUAGUCCAAGAAAAUCCAGAUUUUUCAGAUGCAACAGAGAAGUUAAUGAAAAUGUUAAGAGGGUGUUGGAUAUUAAUGAUGAGGCUGGUAUACGGAUGAAUAAAAGUUUCCAUGCUCUUGUGACUGAGGCGGGUGGGUUUGAGAACAUACCAUUUGGAGAAAAAGAUUGUCGUAAUUAUAUUGACAAGGCACGACACUUGCGCCUUGGUAAAGGUGGUGCUCAAGCGUUGUUUGAGUAUUUUAGAAGGAUGCAAUACAAGAAUGAUGGUUUUUUCAGCCUCAUGGAAUUGGAUGAUGAUGAUAGACUGAAAAGUGUAUUUUGGGCGGACGCCCGUAGUAGAGGGGCCUACAAUUACUUUGGAGAUGUAGUAACAUUCGAUACCACAUACCUGACAAAUAGGUAUGGAAUGCCAUUUGCACCUUUUGUGGGUGUAAACCAUCAUGGACAGUCAAUCCUUUUGGGUGCAGGCCUUAUUUCAAGUGAGGAUGAAUCGUUUGUUUGGUUAUUUAAAACUUGGCUCGAUUGUAUGGAUGGAAAAGCGCCAAAUACUAUCAUAACAGAUCAAGAUCGCGCAAUGAAAAAUGCGAUAGCUAUUGUCUUUCCCAACACGCGGCAUAGAUAUUGCUUGUGGCACAUAUUGCAAAAGGUGCCUGAGAAGCUUGGUUCCCAUGCUCAAUACAAAUGUGGCCUGAAAAGUAAGUUACUAUCUUGUGUCUAUGACUCUCUUACAAUCGAGGAGUUUGAGAAUUCUUGGAACAGCUUGAAGGAUACUUUCAAUUUACAUGAAAAUGCAUGGUUGCAAAGCUUAUAUGCGGAAAGAGAGUUUUGGGUGCCGGUAUAUUUAAAGAACUCGUUUUGGGCUGGAAUGAGUACAACUCAACGCAGUGAGAGUAUGAAUGCUUUCUUUGAUGGUUACGUGCAUGCCAGGACAAACCUUAAAGAGUUUGUUGAUCAGUUCGACAAUGCAUUGAAGAAAAAAAUUGAGAACGAAAACCAAGCUGACUUCAAUUCAUUUAACUUCACCGUUCCUUGCAUAUCACACUUGGCUUUUGAGAAGAAGUUUCAAGAUGUAUACACAAAUUCAAAAUUUAGAGAGGUUCAACAAGAGAUAAUGGGAAUGAUAUAUUGUCAUUGUCGUUUCGAGAAAAUGGAUGGAGUAAUCGCAACUUACUCGGUCGAUGAUCAAGUUAAGACUGAAGAUUUCAUCAAGGAGGUUACAUACACUCUUUACUUUAAUGAGACCGAAUGUGAGGCGAAGUGUGUUUGUGGGUUGUUUGGGAUGCGAGGGAUCAUUUGUAGACAUAUUCUUGCCAUCUUUUCAGUUAAGAAAGUUCGUGAGUUGCCGGAAAAGUACAUAUUGGACCGGUGGAGAAAAGACAUAAAACGUAAGUAUACAUUCAUUUCGAGAAGUUAUGACAUUGCUGAUCAGAGACUCGAAACUGUUAGGUAUAAACGUAUAUUGAAAACUUUCAAUGAGGUAGUAACAAAUGCAGUUUCGUGCGAUGGGCAUACUGAGGAAAUGAUUUCGAAGUUAUAUGCAAUGAAUGAGGUAUGGUGCACUUCGAACUCCAAGGACAUAGAUUCUAAUGUUGGAGGAAGUACCGUGAAUGCAGCCACAGAAGGAAGUUCCAAAAAGGUGCUAAGUCCCCAUGUUGUCAGAGGCAAGGGAAGACCCCCGUGUAAGAGGAGGAUGUCAACGAUGGAGGAACAAUUGAAGAAAAUUAAAACUAAGGCUGUGAAUAAGAAAAAAGAUAAGGGAAAAAAUAGACCGAGGCGUAGAUUGGAUACUGAACUAUUGGAAAGCAGUGGAAACCAACUUGGGAUAUCGGAAAUGAGGGUGCAAGAAAAUGUUAUCUCUCCCAUAAUGGUGGAUCAAGAAAGUGGACAACAAACUCCAGUGAUAGGGAUACAAGAAAGCAUGCAAUUAGAAAUGGAUGGAACACAGCCGGAAAUGGCAGAUGGAACGCAGCCGGAGACUGCAGAUGGAAUGCAGCCAAGCAGCUUCUUGUAGCAAGACUUUAUAGAUCCAUUAUGCCUACUUUUGUUGUGUGUUAAUGGUGGUGAUUUGUUGUAAUUAGUGUUGGAUGUGGUUUGUAUGCAUUUGUGUUAGGGGUAAUUUGCGUGUUGGUGUUGGUAUGUUGGAGUAAGUAUGUUAUGUAUUAGUGGUGCAAGUAUACGUUUUGUAUCGUAUCUUAGUAUUUGAAUCCACGUUUUGCACAUUUUGUAUCCAAAUAUACU